AUGAUGCACUCACAGACUGCCCGGGUCAUGGCUGAGUCUACCAGCUGUUGUGCGCCCGAGGAGCCCACCGGCCCCAAGGCUCCUUCCAUCGCGCCUUCUCUUACCUUCUCUGAGCAGUCAGCAGAGGAGCAAGAUGUGGACGAGACCAAUCCCACCACUGAGACCAGACGCAGGCGCGCCUCUACGCGCCUCAUUGCCCAGAGCGCUGCCGAUGUCCAGCGAAUCACAGGAGAAUCGACUGCACAGCUGGCUGCACGAUGCUGUGGCGGUGGCUGCUGUUUGAACGUUGGCGCAAAGAAGACUGGAAUUCAGUACGAAAAAGUCCAGCACCCGGAUAACGACGCCUUUCGGUCACUCUGUCUUAAGAUCGACGAGAUCCCAACCGUAUUGAACAAUGUUAUCGACCUGCCAGAGCAGACAGCCUUCCUGGAGCCACUGCGGCGGCCAUCCGACGUACCUUCGCCCACUCCAACGACUGCAUCCCAUGGCACCGAGGGCAGCGAUGGAGUCAGCGAUGCCCUAUUGCAGAGCACCCAAAAGACCCUGCAACAACUUUCCCUCGAAGAACUCGACACCACCAUCCAGCCUCCUAGCUUCGUCCAGCCCCAUCCUCCACACCACGUGUUUCCAGCUCGUUUGCACAAAGCACGCGAGUUGACACGGCUUGGCGCCGAGAAGAGGACCUUCCACUUCGACAUUGACAUUACCAAUUACCCAGACGAAGAGGGUGUCGACUUCAAGGUUGGAGGAGCCAUUGGUAUAUCCGCGCCAAACGGUGAGUCCGAUGUCGACGAAAUUCUUGAGACCCUCAUGGUGCCAAGAUUCCUGCGUGACAAGCCCGUAAUGCUGCGGACGACAAAGGGACGCUGGCCCACGGUCUGGGGCGAGGAGCAGGCCCGGCAGCUGGUCACGACGCGUCGCGACCUCCUGACCUGGUGCUCCGACAUCCAGUCCUACCCACCUACGAAGCAGCUGCUGCGCGUCCUGGCCGAGCACGCAACCGAGGAGGACGAGCGCAAGAUCCUGAUGUACCUCUGCUCCGCGGAGGGCCAGGGGACCUUCUGCGACUUCCGGACGGGACCCCACGUCUCCGUCUCCCAGCUCCUACACGCGUUCCCGAGCUCCAAGCCACCCGUGGACGCUCUCCUCUGCCAGCUCCAACCGCUGAUGCCCCGCUUCUACUCCCUGUCCAACGACCCCCACGACUCGUACGAGACCCGGGAUGGCAAGACACACCGUCUGAUCGAAAUCGCAGUCACGGUUCAUGAGUCCGCUGACUGGAGAAAGGGGUCAAGAACGGGUGUUGGCUCGGGCUUCUUCCAACGGCAGGCGCUCAAGUUUAUCGAAGCCCAGGCUGGGGGCGAGAAGAACCCUCAAGUCUACGUGCCUAUGUUCAAGGGCCUGAUGGCGAACCCGCUGGCCAAGAAGUUCGUGUCGGACGGGCCCAUGCUCCUUAUCGGGGCCGGCGUGGGCAUCGCGCCGUUCCGGGGCUUCGUGCAGCGGCGGCUCAAGACGGCCAACUGCGCCAACAAGGUGUGGGUGCUCCAGGGCAUCCGCGACUCGCUCGUGGACGAGAUCUACAGCGGCGAGUGGGGGGUGCACGAGGACGAGGUGAAGCGCGUGGUGGAGAGCCGGGUGGGCGAGGGCCGCUACGUGCAGGAGGAGGUCAUCAACCAGGCCGACCUGGUGUGGUACGUCAUCAACGCCGUCGACGGGCGCGUGUUCGUCUGCGGCAGCAGCAAGGGCAUGGGCGAGGGCGUGGAGGAGUCGCUCAUCGAUGUGGCCAUGCGCAAGGGAAACCUGGGCCGGAGCGAGGCCAAGAAGUACUGGGACCUGAAGAAGCAAGUCGGCCAGUACAUUGCCGAGACGUGGUAA